AUGAAGCAGAACAUGAUGGCUCUUCUGAUUGGAUCAAUUGGUGCAGCACUCACUUUAUUUUCUUACUCACAGACCUUCAUAUCACCAAGUCAAUGCAUCGCACUUGGCCUCCUUGUCCUCAUGUUGGCCUUGCUUGUAGGAGAAGGUCUUUUAUCUUUUUAA